AUGGAGUCACAUGUUGGAUCUAAACGUUGUAGAUAUGAUGUUGGAUCUAUAAGCUAUGAUGUGUUUAUCAACUUCAGAGGUGAAGAUACCCACAAUACCUUCGUUGCCCACAGUUAUAGUGCUCUCAAGAAUCGUGGAAUUCAUGCUUUCAUCGACAGCAAAGAUCUAUGGAAAGGAGAAGAUAUUGGGCCAGAGCUUCUAAGAGCAAUAAAAGUCUCCGAACUCUCGAUUGCUGUCCUCUCUGAAAGAUAUAUAGAAAGCAAAUGUUUGAGGAGACAUCUUAAGUCUUGCCUCAAACGUAAAAAUAAGGAUGUUGCUCAAAUGUUAUUGGGUGGAGGUGAUGGGAAUAUGACACUGAAAACUAAGAAGAUUGAUGCAGAUGUAGUUCGAGAUAUGAUUACCACACUUAUUGUCAGACACGAGUUGCCCUUGGGAGAAGACUAUGUGAAAAAGAUGGCACAAGAAAUGAAAAAGAAGUUUGACAAGUAUUGGGACUCAUAUAACAUCAUUUUAGCUAUUGCUGUUGUAUUUGUUCCUCGUUACAAGCUAAUCUUUGUUAGGGUUGCUUUUGAUAAGAUAUACAGUUUGGAUUCAACAGCAAUGGAAAAGUUUAACCUUGUGAAAUCGACCUUAGAAUAA